AGGGUAUAAUCUUGAGAAUGAAGCACACCUAAGUGGUAGUUUGUAACAAGACUUGAGCACUUACCUACUGAUCUUCUCAACAUGUAAAGUGAGCCACGGAAACAUGUUUGUCACGGGCGUGCUUUGUUUAUGUUGCAUCUUUGUGGUGACAUCGUCUAACAAAGUUGACUCGGAUGAUGUGGAAGACAAUAUGGAUCUGUUGGAAGGUUCCUUGGAUCUUCCAUUCAGCUCCGAACAUCUGCCAGUAUUUCUAGAGGAACCUGUAGACACUUUUGCCAUGAAAAAUAAACCUGCAGUGCUCUACUGUAGAUCAGCACAUGCUUUGCAGGUAUUUUUCAAGUGUAGCGGAGAAGCCUACCACAGACAGUUGCCCCAGCAAGUGUUUGUAGACCCGGAGACGGGUGUCCGGGUGGUCGAGACUGCCAUCAACAUCUCUCGCAACAUGGUGGAGGAAUACUUCGGCAAGGACAGGUUCCAGUGUCAGUGUGUGGCGUGGUCCUCGCGGGGAGAGGUUGAGAGUCAACCAGCGACCAUCACAAAUGCUUAUGUUCGUCAGGUCAGAUUGCAGGAGUUUCCGUGGAGGUGA